AUGGUCAUGCACGCGCGUUCUGGGGGAAACCUGGAGGUGAUGGGACUGAUGUUGGGAAAGGUCGAUGGAGAAACCAUGAUCAUAAUGGACAGUUUUGCAUUACCUGUGGAGGGCACAGAGACCAGAGUGAAUGCACAGGCCGCUGCAUACGAGUACAUGGCAGCCUACAUCGAGAAUGCCAAACAGGUUGGCCGAUUGGAGAAUGCUAUCGGCUGGUAUCACAGUCACCCAGGCUAUGGGUGCUGGCUCUCAGGCAUUGAUGUCAGCACUCAGAUGCUCAACCAGCAGUUCCAGGAGCCUUUUGUGGCUGUUGUGAUCGAUCCCACUCGAACUAUUUCCGCAGGGAAAGUCAACCUUGGUGCAUUCAGAACCUACCCAAAGGGUUAUAAACCUCCCGAUGAGGGGCCCUCUGAAUAUCAAACCAUUCCCCUGAACAAAAUUGAGGACUUUGGUGUACACUGUAAACAGUAUUAUGCCUUGGAGGUAACUUACUUUAAAUCCUCCCUUGAUAGAAAGUUGUUGGAAUUGCUUUGGAAUAAAUACUGGGUCAAUACCUUAAGCUCUUCAAGUCUUCUUACGAACUCCGACUACACAACUGGCCAGGUGUUUGACCUGUCAGAGAAACUGGAACAGUCUGAGGCUCAGCUAGGUAGAGGCAGCUUCAUGCUCGGCCUGGACACGCAUGACAGAAAAUCUGAGGACAAACUGGCCAAAGCUACGCGAGAUAGCUGCAAGACGACCAUAGAGGCAAUCCAUGGCCUCAUGUCUCAAGUCAUAAAGGACAAGCUUUUCAAUCAGAUCAACACAUCCAACUAA